AUGGGGAAACUUUUAGCGUUGAGAGCGCGCGGUUGUUGCGGGGGGUGGGGGCAGCCGCUCCGGACUGCACUCGCGCGGCGUGAAUUUAACCAAUUAAGCAAUUAACAGCGUCGGUUGUUGCUGUUUUGGUUAGCUGCGGUGGUGGUAGUUGUGCUUGGUGGUGGUGGUGGUAGCGGAGAAGAGGCAGUGGAGACGAGGAGGAGGAGGUGGAGGAGGGCUUGCGCUUGGGUGUCAAGAUGCCGCGCGUGGUUCCCGAUCAGCGGAGCAAGUUCGACAACGAGGAGUUCUUCAGGAAGCUGAGCCGCGAGUGCGAGGUCAAGUACACCGGUUACCGGGACCGGCCCCUGGAGGAGCGGCAGAUGCGCUUCCAGAGUGCGUGCCGAGAGGGUCGCUCAGACCUGGCGUUUGUCGCCACGGGCACGAACCUGUCGCUGCAGUUCCUGCCACCCACCUUCCACACGGAGGGACAGCGGCCGGCGCCCACGCGCGAUUACGUGGACUUUGAGAGGGAGCAAGGAAAGGUUCACCUGAAGGCGCCUAUGAUCCUGAACGGUGUGUGCGUGAUCUGGAGGGGCUGGGUGGACCUGCAGAGGCUGGACGGCAUGGCCUGCUUGGAGUUUGACGAGGAGAGGGCACGGGAGGACCUGUUGGCCCAGCAGGCGUUUGAGGAGGCUCGCAGGCGAGCGCGCGACUUUGAGGACCGGGAGCGGGUGCACCGCGAGGAUCUGGAGGGGAGGAGACACCCGGACACGAGUCCCAACUCUGGAGGCAUGAACAGCGCAGACGAACUCAAGCUCCGCUAAACGAAACCAAGAACCCCGAUAAAUAUCACUGCCUGAAUAUAAACGGAAAAACUUACAAAAAAGUGUUUUAUGGAGUUUGAAAGGAGAGCAAAAAAAGCUAACGAAACUGCGUUGGAUUCUUUUAACUUUUUAAACAAGAUGCCCUCUAUUGCUUCCUUUAUAUUCCUCUUCUAACAGUCAAAAUGUAAUUUCGCGAAUAUAGAGAAACAGCGUUUAAGCAGCUGGCGGCGGGCACCUGGGCUUGUCCCACCAGCCGUCAUCGUGUUGAGAAGCCUUCCGUGGGGCAGCUGCUUGACGUUUUGCCCGCUGCGUUCAUCACACAGGGACAGGAAUAAACUUGUGCACGAGGGGGAGUCAUCUGAUAGAUGCAUUGGCUUUUAUUUCUUGAGGGGGUGGCGGGUGGGGGAGAAAGGUGCCUAGAAUCCAUACGAGUGCAUUGUUAACUGAUAAAGCGCCAAAAAAGAUAUAUAUAUAUAUAUAGAGAGAGAAAGGCAUGUAACAUGAUGAAAGAAACGAGGACUUAGCGUGCAUGGAAAGUUUUUUUUUUCUCCUGGAGAUAUUUCCGAGAUGAGUAGAGUGACCCUGUGGAUGAGCAACAAAGGGCAAGCCGUGGCUGUGAUGUCGGAUGUAAUUUUACCCCCCCUCUCUCUUUAGACUGCUCGUGAUCAAUAACUGGAAGCCUUCGGGAAUCUCGGUCCCUAGCAUCCCCAUGCGCUGCGACGUAAAUAACCUCGGCAACCGACCUCGGCGCAGAUGUACAGAUGCGUUGCAGCGAUCUGUUUUUUUUUCUUUAAAAGUUGAUACGAAUAAUUCAGUUUAUUCCGUGACGCGGCGUUAUAAAUCGUCUCUGUAUCACGCUUCGGACUGAGCGGCAUUUCGCUGUGGAUAAUCGCAGUCUGUUUACAAUUCUUGUUUUUCGGCAGUGCUCGGGAUAGGGGGGAAUGAGUUUAAUCUUGACAUCACAUUCACGUGGGCAGUUUUCACCCGUUUUUGGAAAUUAAUGACGCAACAAAUGAAUUUUAGAGCGAUGUAUAAAUAAAAUAAUUAGGUGUUUAGCGACGAUCUGUAUUCCCAGUUUUGCCUUGCUGCAGUUUGGCCAAGACAUUAAUCUUUACUGACAGUGGGGCCUUACACAAACAAGCAUAAGAGAAAGUAGGAUUAUUGUGAUGUUUCCUCAAUUGAGUUAUUGCAGGUACGACCAAUCAAAUAUUUAAAAAUGUAUCAUACCUGGACCUUUUAAAAGCGAACACGACGGGUAAACAUACGCUUCACACGGGAAUGUCUGAUUAUUAUUUUGUGGUUAUAUGAACGUUGUUCUUUAUUUCAAACUCUCGGCCUUUUCAGAGCGGGUGUGAAUCUUAACUAAUCAUCUCGUUCCAGGCUUUUGUCCCUGAGGAGAAAACCGUUUCCCCUAUUUUUGUAGGGCCCAAUUGUGCUUUAAGCGCGAGUAAACGUUUGGGAUCAAUGUGUAUUUAUUUUCUUCUAAAAAUAUUACCGAAUAUCACACGUUAAGUUAGUCUAUCCCCGUAUGCUCGGGUGGUGGUGAGGGGUAUAUAUUGUGGGGUGGGAUCUAUGCUAUCAUCAAUCGGUUUGUAAUAUUUUUAUUAGAACGAGAUAGCAUCGGUUUGUAAACGUAGUGGAUGUAAAUUAUUCCCUUUUUUAUGACUUCACAAACUUUUUUUUUUAAAACGAAGUGAAAAUAAUUUAUCUUUUAAAAUCAGUGAUUAUUGAACAUUUCCACUUAAUUCUUCACAGCCCAAAAUACAACUCAUCCAAUUUAUUGAAACUUAAUUGACUCUUCUUUCUCCAUGCACGUGGGGGGGGGGGGGUUACAGGAAUUAGGUAUUUUUUUUGCGUCUGCUAAAUUGUGGCGCUGCAUUUGUUGAUGAUCUAACGCAGUUGGGUGAGUUUUACAUUAUCUCUGUUUGGUUUCCCCGGAAACCCCAUUGGCUCCAUUUAUGGUGAAGUUUGUAUUUGCCCCCCCCGCUCCCCCACUAUUGACUAAUGCACAGCAGAUAACAAGUUUAAUAACGAGCCUACAGUGCAAAGAGAGGUCAUUUGAAGUCUAACUAAUCAUCUCGUUCCAGUGGGUGGUGUACUCUCUGACAUAAACAAAGAAAAAAUGCGAAAUUAGCUUCGUUGUCAAAAAACAAGCAAAUGUUCUUCAACGUUGAGCCUAAAUUGUAAUUCCUUUUUUGCGGGUUAAAAUUAGCAGCCUUUGAUCAAUUAAUUAUUCUGAAUUAUGUAAACCACACAAUUACUACAGCUGUGUAGUUCUAUAUAGAUAUCAUGCAGCAAAUUAAACAGCAUACACAUCCAAUCACUUAGUUUAAAAAAAAUAUUAUUUUACGUGUCACUUCAAAGCAAAGUUCAGCUGUCGCUUUAUUCGAUACGUAACGUAAGUCCUAAUUAGUUUAUUUUAUAUUUAGCGAAAGAUGCCCCCGAGGAAUGGAAACCAAUCGUUCAUAACCACGAGGAGGGAGGCCUCGUUUCUUAUCAGAUGCGAACUGUGGACGGGUCUUUGCCUCCAAUAUUUUUGUUGUUGUUGUUUGGCAAUGGGACCUCGAGUUGUAUGUUCAUCAUCACGUUUCACCUUUUUUGAAUACCCCUUUUUUUGAAUACCCCCAACGUGAAUCCAACGUUGUGAUGGUUGUCCUUCGUAUUACCCUUCCGCAUUCGCGUAUCUCAGCUGUUACAGAAACUGCCAUUGUCUGUUUUGCACUAUUACGUUUUGUUUUUUAUAUAUAUGUGUGUGUUUAUUAUUAUUGAUUUGUACGCUCUUUAGUUUAUACGAUAGAUCAUCGCCAUGUUUGACCUAUGAUCAAAGCUUUUUCGUGCUCGUUUUUAAGUAAGUCUCGUAGGCGGACGCUUUGCUGAUGUUCUGAUUUUGGCCUCGUGUGUGUGUUGUUUUAACCCUUGCAGCGGCAGCAAGCAUGGGCACGUGAGAUGGAAAUUUAACGCCACCACUUAUUGCAAAUCUUACUCGCGUACGCUUCUUUAUGGGUCUCACUGCUGGAAAUCAAAAGCACAAUUAGUAGAUUGUGAAACUGAAAUAUGUUGGUCAUGAUAUUUGUAUUAUUUUGUAUUGUUCAUCUAUAGGUAUGGGAUGUGGCUUGUGCAUUCAUUGUUGUUAAUUUUGCUUAAACUGUUGUACGGAAUGCAUUUGUGUAGCCUGCAUCUUAUAGCCACAGCGUUCAGGAAAUAUCCUUUCAAACAAGUUUUACGGGGAAUCAAAUGCAGUAUUAAAAUAAAUCCUAAAGUGGAAAAUUAUACAAUCCCUAAAGCUAGAUCCGUUAACAGAUAUACAGGUCCAAUACAAAAUAGUACAUUUCAAGAAACAUUGAAGGAUGCACGUAAAUAGUUAUCACUGUACAAUAUGAUCUUUGGAAAUUUGUUUUAAUUUGCUAUUAGAAACAAAAUACAUCCCACGUGACACGGUAAAGCGUUUAAAACCACUUGAGGAUAACAGUGGUUGUGAUAGAGUACUAUAAAGCCGAAACCAUUUGAGAAUGAGAUAAUCGACGUUUGCAUUGCCUGGGUAUAGGCAUCGGAAUUAAGCAUCCUGCAAAUCUAGACAUGAUGUAGCGGACUUGAUUCGCUGCUGGGCACGCGGCUACAUUGAAAUAAAACGGAGUAGGAGUGCGAGCGAGUCUACGAAUGCCACCAGUGUCCAAUGAAAAUCAUAUCACUGCCCCUCGUACCCAUUAAGGCUUUUACAUUUUAAAUUGUUUGGCUAUUUUCACAUCUGUUGCUCUUGCAGCGUAGCCCAACCCCGCCGGUCCUGUUCACAAGAUCUUUUCGAUGUAAAGCUUUCGUGACUGUAGGGAUUCAUCUUAUUGGUUCUUUCGGUAAAGUCACGUAGAAGGGAAAUAUUAAAUAAUAAAAUAAAACAUAAUAAAAUAAUUCUGAAUGAGACGUCUGAAUGAGACGCUGUCUCCCCGACAGACCUGUUCUUCACCUGAGGACGGCUGCUUGCGUUGUGGCCGAAACGUCGUGAGAAUUAUUUUAUUAUGUUUUAUUUUUAUAAUUUUAUAAUUUCCCUUCUACGUGACUUUACCGAAAGAACCAAGAAGAUCUUCCUUUUCUUUUAGCAGUUGUGCUCUCAACCUCAGACGCUCCAUCGGCUGCUCCGUGAGCAAGUGGCGGGUGUCUUUGGGUGAGCGACCGUUUAGUCCGGUCGCAAAUUUGGGCGAUUGUCUUAAAACCGAACAAGCAGUAGAGAGGAGAGGUGAAGAAGGCUUCUGACGGAGCUUCGUCUUGCCUCCCACCACCGCCUGCCCCCCCCCCCCCUCUCGUCAGCUGCGGGAGAAAUCCCUGCGGCGAGAUGCGACGCUGGGACUGUCUGUGGCCCUUUGCGAAUUACGGUUUUAAAUAGGGCUCCCCUCUGCCGUUCCCCUCCGCCGUUCCCCUCCGCUUGUCGCCACGCAGUGUUAUUUUGUUGUUGUCCAGUUUUUGCUUGGGUUUAAUAAAUUUAGAUUUAAAGCUUUCGUGACUGCAGGGAUUCAUCUUCUUGGUUCUUUCGGUAAAGUC